GUUAUAAAAGAAGAUUUCAAAUAAAAAUAUUGUACUUAAUUAUCAUCUGUUUAAUUGAUUAAGUUUUGUAUUUUUAAUUGAUUAUAAAAUGGGAGAUUCAAACGUACCGUUUUCAAAUGAGGAUAUUAUUAAAAUGUGUAAACCUUCUUCAGAAUCAACCAAGGACUUUAUUAUGCAACAGACAAUGUAUAGAAUCAAAGAUCCCAGAUUAUCUAUACCGUUCUAUACUGAAAUCUUGGGUAUGCAACUCUUGACUAAACUAGAUUUCCCAAAUAUGAAAUUUUCACUAUAUUUCUUGGGUUAUGAAGAUCCAAAAGACCUUCCGGAAGGGUUAAGUUCCAAAGACCGAAUCACCUGGACUUUUGGAAGGAAGGCAACAAUAGAACUAACACAUAACUGGGGAUCUGAAAAUGAUGACAGUUAUAAACCUCAUAAUGGCAACCAAGAACCUAGAGGCUUUGGGCAUAUUGGAGUGAUGGUACCAGAUGUGUACAAGGCUUGUGAACGAUUUGAACAACUUGGUGUUAAGUUUGUUAAAAAACCAGAUGAUGGAAAAAUGAAGGGUAUAGCAUUUAUAACUGAUCCUGAUGGUUACUGGAUUGAAAUAUUUAAUAAUAAAAGAGUAGGGGAUGUUAUAGCUUCUUGUUAAUUAAUAAGAUUAUGUUUUGUUUGUUUCAAUUAAAGAAAAUAAACAUAUUGUAGUUCAUUAAUUGA